ACGUCAUUCCUUUGUCAUUAUAGAAAUAAAUUGAUAUUUGGUUUUAAUCGGAGGGAGGGGGAUUGCAGGAGAGCAACGUGGUCAGAAGAGCAGACAGGCUUUUAGGCAGGGUGGGAAUCGCAGACCGCCAGCCAUAUACACACUAACACACAUGUACAAAAGCGGAGCUCAAAGGAUUUCAAAUGGGACUAUGUAACUUCUGCUGCCCGGUGUGGAUAUAAGGGCCCUUGUGUAGGAAUGGGCGGCACUACGAGAAGGAAAGGAUGCUGGGUAAGGAACUCCAGAGAGUUAGACUGAUCCCACACCAUCUCUCUAUUUCUCCCUGCAUCAGAUCCUGGAGCUCAGGACUCGGCCAUGAACUUUGCUCUCUCUGUACUGAGGCUCAUGUGCCUGGCCUGGCUGUGGCCCGUCGCCCUGUUCAAAGGAAGCAACACGCAAAACCAGCGCCGGCACAAGGACGUCUACCUGGGCGAAAACACACAGCACAAACAUGGAGGACGAAUAGACUUUAAAACUAAGAAGUCUGACAGCACCAAAUCUCUGCUGAUUAAAUCAGAGCAGCUGUUGCGAAUUGAAGAUCAUGAUUUCGCCAUGAGGCCUGGUUUUGGAGGUUCAGCUAUUCCAGUGGGCAUCGAUGUGCAGGUGGAGAGCAUUGACAGCAUUUCGGAGGUCAAUAUGGACUUUACCAUGACCUUAUACCUUAGGCAUUACUGGCAGGACGACAGACUGGCCUUCCCCUCCAGCAAUAACAAAAGCCGAACGUUUGACGCUCGACUGGUGAAAAAGAUCUGGGUGCCAGACGUCUUCUUUGUUCACUCCAAGCGUUCUUUCAUUCAUGACACCACCAUGGAAAACAUCAUGCUCAGAGUCUAUCCAGAUGGAAACAUUCUCUACAGCGUCAGAAUCACAGUAACGGCGCUCUGCUCUAUGGACUUCAGCAGGUUCCCUCUAGACACACAGAACUGCUCUCUAGAGCUGGAGAGUUACGCAUACAAUGAGAACGACCUCAUGCUCUAUUGGAAGAAUGGGAACGAUUCAUUAAGGACUGACGAGAUUGCACUCUCGCAGUUUUUUAUUGAAGAAUUCCACCCUUCCUUCGGGCUAGCCUUCUACAGCAGCACCGGCUGGUAUAACAGGCUGUACAUAAACUUCAUCCUCAGGAGACACAUAUUCUUCUUCAUGCUGCAGACAUACUUUCCCACAAUGCUAAUGGUCAUGCUCUCCUGGGUGUCCUUCUGGAUCGACAGGAGAGCCGUACCGGCCCGUGUCUCUCUAGGAAUCACAACCGUGUUGACCAUGUCUACCAUAAUAACAGGCGUCUCAGCAUCAAUGCCUCAGGUGUCUUAUGUGAAGGCGGUGGACAUUUACCUUUGGGCCAGUUUCCUCUUUGUUUUCCUGUCGGUCAUUGAAUAUGCUGCCGUGAACUACUUCACUACAGUGGAAGAGAUGAAAAAACUUCAGAAAGGAAAGCUUCCAGCUUCCUAUGACGCAACCCAGGCUAUGGCCUACGACGGCUGUUUUCACGAUGACAUAGAUGUAUCGCCUUUCCCAGAGCUCCCCACAACACCCAGCACGACGCGGACCAUCCCGCCCAGAGCCUCCUCCACUGAGCCUCCACCCACCGAAGGCACGAGACUCUGGAGGAAACGUUCAGUCGGCAAAAACAUCAGAUUCAUAAUGAGCAACAGCUACAUGAUUGACUCGUACUCCAGAAUCAUCUUUCCAUUGGCAUAUCUUCUCUUCAACAUCAUCUACUGGUGUAUCUACUCUUGAUCGUGUAACUUGUUUUUCUAACCAGUCGCUGUAAUAAAUCCAGGAUUUAUUAUUGCACAAGACAGUUGAACUCUGGGCCUGUCAAAAUGAACGCUCUGAAAGUACGCACAAGUGACCUGACAAAGUUGACAGAUUUGAUUUAGUGAAACUGGAAUAAGAUCCAGAUGGAUGUUAGAUAUCCAUCACCCCAGCUUUAUCUCCUAGAAUUCAUUAGAUCCGAGAGCGGAAACUUGAAACCAAGCCAACCUGCUUCAUAUGCUCACGAAUUAUAUGUAAACUUGUGAAUAAAUUAAAUAAAUAAAUAACCCUCAUGCUAGUCUCACAUAGUAGGUCUUUUGACUCAUCACAUUCUGGGCCAUGUUUUUCUGUUAGAACCGCCUAACUGAACAGGAAGUAGCUGUCUGAGUGACAUGUAAAGGGACCAAUCACAGUUCAGAGUUUCACCCACGAUAUUUACACUACCGUUCAAAAGUUUGGGGUUGGUAAUAUUUUUAAUGUUUUUGAAAGAAGUCUCUUAUGUUCACCAAGGCUGCA